UGUAAAGUUUUAAACUAUUUCGUAGACCCAGUCCGGAGGAAAGUUUCGAAAAGAAGAUUUUGUUGACGCCACUUUCGCACCGCCUUAAUGCUAGUCGUGAUAAGAACUAUGUCUAGGUGCGCGAAGAGCUCGCUCUUAGUGUAUCCCUGUUUUUGAGUUGAAAAAAAAAACACCAAAACUCGAAUUUUAGUGGACUAGUAAGGCUAAACGGCAGGAUUCUCCGUGGAUGAGCCUCGCAAUAGUGAUCUCGGCGUUUCCUGCGCGCACCCUCGCGGCGGGAAUACAAAUUAAAGGGAAAGUAAAUACCUAUAUCGAUACAUAUCACGCGAAUGCCUAAAGCAUUGUAAGAGUUUUAAAUAUGAAUGUUACGGCGAGUAUAAUAUUCUAUUGGAGCUAUAUUUUUAUCUUCAAUCCCCGUGUGUACGUACGUAUGUGUAAGUUAACCUCGACUAUACUUUAGUCCAUACAGAUCCCGGUACACGCACACAAACCCCGGAUACAUGCCGUAUAUAUGUAGGGCCAAAAGGGUUUAAAGCCGACAAGGCUCGAGUCGAAAGUACCUCUGUCUUUUAACGUGCGACCCACCUACACACGUGAAUGUGCAAGUGACACAUACGUACGACGUUGCGUACGGUGUACCUACAUGUAGAUACAAUGUUCACGAUUCUAAUGUUAACGAGUUAAGAACUUCGGUGUGAAAUACAUAAUCCUGCACUGCACGUAUGCUUUCUCAUUGACAUUUCGAAUAUUUGACAUCUCUCCUCGACAAUGACAUGUCUAGGUACAGGUCGAAACUGACCUCUCAGGUGUUUGGGCUCUGCUCAUAAAUAAAUACAUAAUAUGUAUGUAUAUAAAUACAUGAGAAUCGGCAAAGGAACUCUAGAUCAAGGAUCACCUUUUGGUAUAUACAAAGUGAGUUGUCAAAAUUCCGGCAAGUUGUAGAAAUUCCCUCGCUACGGACAAUGUUCAGGAGGAACUCGGCGGUGGUAAUUAUUUUCUGGCUGAUCGAAUUAAAUUCCUGCAGUUCGGAUUGCUUCACCCCUUGGGGUAGUCCGGGUGUUUGCAAAAAUAUUAAACAAUGCGAGCCGAUGUUGGGCUUGUUGAAGAGGAGGCCUCUUUCCGAAGAAGCCUUGAACGUUUUGAAAAGUGCUCAGUGCGGAUUCGAAGGCAUGGAUCCGAAGGUGUGCUGCAGGUUGCAGAGAAAUGCAUCGGCUGUUGUUGUCACACCUGGAUCAGCUGAUCGGCUCCAAACCGCCUCCUCUACUCCAAGAAUAGACGUCGUAAAUUCGCAUCCAAAUCUGAGACUCCUGGAUGACGAAAUCUGCGGCCCGAUUGCGGAAGACAGGAUUUUCGGGGGCAGUCGAGCCGCGGUUUUCGAAUUCCCGUGGAUGGCUCUCCUGGCUUACGACAUUGGGAAACGACGCCCUGAGUUCAGGUGUGGAGCCUCUCUGAUUAACAGGAGGUACCUGCUCACAGCUGCCCACUGCGUCACCUCCCUUCCUUCGAACCUGAGGCUCAUCAGCGCGAGAAUCGGAGACCUGGACUUGUCAACGGACCGAGAUUGCGACCUCGCUGAGAGCUCUCAUAAAAUAAACUGUGCCGACAAACACGAAGACGUCGGCAUCGAGAGGGUCCACGUGCAUCCCGAGUUCUCUCGGGAGAAGUUGCACAACGACAUAGCCCUGAUAAGGAUGCGACGAGACGUGGAAUUUCGCUCGAGAAAUAUUCGCCCAAUUUGCCUGCCAAUUGGUCCCGCGGCGAUUUUGAAAAGCAAAAAAGUCACGGUGACAGGAUGGGGCGCCACGGAAAAUUCAACGAGGAGUUCCGAGCUCCUUAAGGUCGAAUUACCCGUAGUGGAUAUUACAAAAUGUGCCAGAGCCUACCAGAGCACUUCCAUCAGGAUCUGGCACAAGCAUUUGUGUGCCGGUGGUUCGAAUAAAAUGGACUCCUGCUCAGGAGACAGUGGAGGACCUCUUCAGGCUUUGAGUUUUGUGCAGGGUUCCCCUAAGGUAAUCCAAUAUGGCGUCGUGAGCUUCGGGCCUCAGAGUUGCGGGGUCGAAGGACUCCCUGGAGUCUACACCAGGGUCGCUUACUACAUUCGCUGGAUCCUGGAUACGAUUUAUGAAUAGUCAUUUAAUUUCUACGAUUAUUUGCUAUUUUAC